AUGAUGAUUUCGAUGAUUGCGAGCGCGAACGCCGCGCUCGUGGUCGACGCGAGGGACGCGCGCGCGGCGGGACAGCCCAUCGAUUGGCUCCUGAAGUCCGCCGUGGACGAAGACGUGGAUCUGCUGGAGAUCAUCAAGGCGAGCGCGACGGGGGACGUCGAGGCGGGGAGCGAGACGUGGCGACGAGAGCGCGCGGGGACGAAAAAGAUGGACGUCGAAGCGUCGAGCGAAGCGAAGGAACCGGUGGACGUGGGGGAGACGGCGACGAAGUUUGGGAAGUUGGGGGCGAUUUUGUUGCUCGCGGACGUCGUGACGGCGGCGAUCAUGGGGAAAUCAGUGCUCGGCGUCGCAAAGUCGCUCGAGCGAGAGAUGGAGAUGGACGAGGACGGAAACGUGGUCGAGGUGAAGAAGGAGGCUGUGCAGAGCGGUGAUUGGAAGGACGCGAUGGCAGAUAAGCUCAUGGCGAAGCUCAAGGAAAAGGCGGUGGACUCGAGCGAGGGCGGGGACGAGUCGUCGAAGGAGCGUUGA